ACAUGUUCUCGUGGGCGGGAGAUCCGGUGUCAGAAAUUGCUAUCUCCCCCCGCUUGGCUCUAGUAAUUAACCCAUGUUCAGAUACAGCCAUUGAUUGAGGAGCUCACAGCUUUAAAGCAAUAAGUCAUUAAGUCGUAUUCAGCCAUUUCAGUAGUACUUUUCAAACGGCCGAUCUUAGAAAUUGACAGCGCGUUCUAUCAGCGAAUUGAAGAAUUUGUAAAACCGUGGGCUUCAGCGGGAGAGAUACCUCCUCGCUUGCACGGACCUAGGAUCCUAACAGAAGUUCAGCCGAGAGAACAGAAGCUCCGGUCAUGGCAUUCACUUCUCGUAUUCUAUCGAGAUCUAAACAGUUGUAUGCUGGUCAGAUAGUUCUACAACAGGACCAUAUUGUUCCAGCCCGUUUCUUUGCCAAACAAGCAGCACCAGCAGCACCUCCUGCUCUCAAGGGAGAUGAGAUGUUGAAGAACAUCUUCUUGGAGGUUAAGAAGAAGUUCGAUACAGCCCUGGGUGUACUACGGAAGGAGAAGAUCACAAUAGAUCCAGAUGAUCCAGCUGCAGUUGCUCAGUAUGCAAAGGUCAUGAAGACUGUGAGAGAAAAGGCAGACUUGUUCUCAGAAUCCCAACGGAUUCAGCACACAAUUCAGACACGCACACAAGGUAUUCAAGAUGCUCGAACGUAUCUGUUGACAUUGAAGGAGAUACGAAUCAAGAGAGGCCUCACUGAUGACCUUGGUGCAGAGGCUAUGAUGAUGGAUGCAUUGGAGAAAGUUGAGAAAGAGAUCAAGAAGCCACUUCUGAGGUCUGACAAGAAGGGGAUGGCUCUUCUUAUGAACGAAUUUGAUACAAUCAAUAAGAAGCUUGGCAUUCGGAGGGAAGAUUUGCCAAAGUAUGAGGAACAGUUGGAGCUCAAAAUUGCUAAAGCCCAGUUGGAAGAGCUGAAGAAAGAUGCCCUUGAAGCCAUGGAAACUCAGAAGAAACGGGAGGAGUUCAAGGACGAGGAAAUGGUUGACGUCAAGUCAUUGGACAUCCGAAACUUCAUCUGAUACAGGAGUUGACUGAGGGCACCAUUUGCACAAUCUCAUUUCAGAACUAACAAUUCCUGUAAGAAAUGUUCUGCAUCUCAGUUUGAUUGGAGUUUGCUAGAAAAGAAUGCUUGGCCUCCAAAUGAGAGGGUUAAAUAGAUAAAAAUAAAUUUAGCAAUCAACCAGUUGGCAUGGGUGAAUUGUGAGUUAUAGACUGAUGUUCAUUUUCUCCAUUACCCUUGUAUUGCUGUGGCUCAUGGAAGGUGAGAUGUUGGAACAGGUUUAUUGUUUUGAGUCAGGAUCUGCUCUAUAUAUACAGUUUUGCUUAGCUUUACUGUUUUUUCCA